GUUCCAAUUCUUUUCUUCGGCUUGGAUUCGGUUUAUUUACUUGAUUUUGGAUAUAUCUGAGGUCCGUGAUUUUCGUGCUAUUUAGGCGACUGGAUUUUUGUGGCUGGUUUUCCCGCUCCUCCACCAUCGCAGGCGACAAUCCAGAUUUUCUCGUCUCCCUCUUUCGAUACCCAUCCAUAUCGUCAAUCCCGACACGCAGACUUAAAUCGAAGCAAUGGCGCCGACUAAGGGCCCCGCCGCUGGCAAGGCCUCGAACAAGGGCGACGGAAAGAAGAGCAAGCCCCUCUCAUCCGCAUCGAAAGUGAACAAGAAAGGCGCCAAGCGCCCGCCGCCCAAGGAAGUCAAGGCGAAGGCGCGCACGGAGUCCAGCCUGUUGAAGAAGACGAAGAAGAGAGAAUAUACUGAAGAGGAACUGGGACUGCCCAAGCUGAAUGCGAUCACCCCCGUUGGUGUGGUGAAGCCCAAGGGCAAGAAGAAGGGCAAGACUUUCGUUGACGAUGCGGAGGGAAUGAUGACUAUCCUCGCCAUGGUCAACGCCGAGAAGGAAGGACAGAUCGAAUCCAAGAUGAUGAAGGCUCGCCAGUUGGAGGAGAUCCGUGAGGCUAAGAGAAAGGAGGCAGAGGCUAGACAGGCGCAGAAAAAGUCUAAGCUGGAGGAAGCAAAGCAGUCCAUCCGCCAAAAACGCAAGCACAAGGGUGGCUCCAGCGAAACAAAGGAUGAAGCGCCAAGCAAGGAGUCGUCUUCAAAGUCAAAAGGAAAGAAGAAGAGUGUUGCAUUUGCUUGAAAUUCUAUGUACAAAAGUAAUUCUGUCUAUACCGGGUCUAUGUAGUUAGAUGGGUCUCUGGCGUUAUACUGGUCUAUGUCUUCCGAAACAACGGCGUGCAUGACACAUGAUGAGCAUCUCUCCAAUUGAAGCACUGAUCCUAUCAAUGGGAGCAGUUCGGUUAUGCAAUAUUGUUGAUUAUGGCCUGAUUUGCAGGUCGAGCUUGCGUUGCGCAGGAAUGAAUUUCGGCUUUGGUGCCGUAUCUGCGUCCUUUUCGGGACCCGUAUGGUGAGCAAGAUGACCGGGGAUCUUCUCGGGAUCCUCAACCUUG